CGCUCCAUUCGAAUUUCGUCUCUGAAAUCUGUAGCAAUGCCUGAACCAAAAGCUGCACCAGCGCCUAAGAAGGGCUCUAAGAAAGCCGUUUCUAAGACCCAGGCAAAGGGUGGAAAGAAACGCAGAAAGUCUAGGAAGGAAAGCUAUUCCAUCUACGUGUACAAGGUGAUGAAGCAAGUACAUCCAGAUACUGGUAUUUCUUCCAAGGCGAUGGGCAUCAUGAACUCGUUUGUGAACGAUAUCUUUGAGCGCAUCGCUGGUGAGGCUUCUCGCCUAGCGCACUACAACAAGCGCUCGACCAUUUCUUCAAGGGAGAUCCAGACUGCUGUGAGGCUGUUGUUGCCGGGAGAGCUUGCUAAGCACGCCGUGUCCGAGGGCACUAAAGCAGUCACAAAGUACACCAGCUCCAAGUAGACGGUUCUAUCAAAACACAACGGCUCUUUUAAGAGCCACCUAUCUUCU